AGAGCCCACAGCAACAAAAGUCCACCACAUCACAUCGCAUAACAACAUCACAUACGCAUUCCUGCCUUCACUUCGCCUCACUUAUUGUGUAAUAAUCACACAUAAGGAAACUUUGAGGAGGAACACAUUCGAGCUCUACAGGUUGCCUGCACUACAGGGUCUCGCUCCUUCAAGGAACCUCUCCUGGUGCCCGAAGGGAUUUCGAGGCUAGUCCAGCUGCUUGCUCACGAGGAGGGGCCACUGGUACGGAUCAUAAGAAGAAGAAUCGACCAAACUUUUAUGACAAUGCUUUCACUUUCCUUUUUCAUACAUGUGAACAGUCUUGAUUGCAUAUUAAUAUUUCGAUGGGGGAGAAAGUCGUGGUCCCCUUCACGAUCAAGGGCCCCACGCCGACACAUUGUUGUCUGGAUGGGUGUGGUGGAGGUGGGGUGAAAAAAAUCGGGUCAUCCAUUAUUGAUCUUCACUUUAGUCAAGGUAGUCAAUUGGGGGAACUUGUCUUUACCAAUUUCUACUCGGCCUUCAUUUCCGUCUAUGUUAAGAGAUGUGCUGUGGGUAAGAGUGCUGGACAGAGCGUGUUACAGAGACAUGCAGCUAUUGAGGGGGAAAGUCCAGAAAAGUCAACUUUAUCUCAGCAGCAGCAGCAACAAAAGGUCAGCUUUGAAGACCCCACUGGUCGGUAUAGACGAGUCCCUUCUGCGUCUGGGAGUGGACGAGGGAAAAGCGUCCUGCUCGACUUGGCCGAGCGACCCUGGGAGUACUGCACGUCGAAAAGGUUGAUGCCCUGGCCUCACUUUGAGCUGGGGUCGCAGGACGUGUUUUCCAUCCAAGCGACUGAGAGUUUGACCGAGUGGAGGGACGUUUUUGUAAUGCGCCUCGUAAUUCAUCAACCCUCCUCCGUCUGGAAAAAGUUCAGCCUCGAAGGUAUCAAUAUCUUCAGAAAUCUUUCGACUCGAGGUGGAUUUGCGUUGGGAGAUGCGGCUUCUAAGCAGAAGGACUGUCGACUCGCAGCCCUUACGGCGAACACGCUACGAAUGUUGAGUGGAAUGACCGUGGAACCAGAGCAGGAAAAGUUGGAAACGAGUACCAGCAGCAGCAGCAAGUGAUUCAGGGAGGAUAAUUUCGUGGAAAGUUUAUGAUGUCAGAUAAUCAAAUUGAAUCAUCAAAAUAUGGAAUUAUCGAUUGCAGUUAUUUAAGCUGUUCAACAUUUUUAUGUAAAUUUUAACAGACCAAACUUUAUUAUUCUUCUUGUUUUUGAAUAAAGUUACUCUUUUUAAAAUCUGCACAAAUGUUUCUUCUAUUUUUUUUUACAAAAUAACUUAAUAAUUAGCAAACAACGAAUGCAUGAAAUUGCAUGGAAAGCAAUUUUUCAAAGCCAUAUUUUAAUACAGAUUUUCUAAUGGUCAGAUAUAUUACAAAAUUCAUAUUUCGAAUUAAUAUGAACCCGUCAGUCUCUUAUAUAUUUAAAGUGCAGUCCACAUGUCUCAUAAACGCUUCCCUGUC